AUGAGCUAUGACCUUGGAAAAGCUGUUGGUUUCAAGUCCCCAGACCAACCAGUUUCGUGGAACCGCAAAGACAUCAUCACGUAUGCUCUCGGGGUAGGCGCGAAACACGAUGAGCUGUCUUUGGUGUAUGGUAAGGAAAUUCGCAUCACAUCGUGGGGACCACUACCGACAUACCCUGUGGUGCUUGCACUGAAAGGCGACGCCCAGGAUGUCACCUUGUUUGGGGCCAAAAAGGGCGGCGAGCCUCUUCCGGGUCUGCCCAAACUGAAUGUACGCAGGGUGGUUCACGCAACGCAAAGUAUUGAGAUCCUGAAAGACCUUCCGGUAGCCAGCGGACCCGGCUGGAAGCUCUCUCAAAGAGUAGUUGGGGUACACGAGAAUAAGUCCGGAAUUAUCACCGACCAAGAAUCCAUAUUGCUUGACCCUCAUGGUGUUCCCUAUGCGAAGCUAUAUAGCUCAGCCUUUUACCUUGGUUCGAAGGGCAAUGGAGACAAAUUCUCUAAAGCUAUUGCAGGCCCACCUCAGGCGAAGCCUAUCCCCAAGGACCGAAAGCCGGAUUGGGUUAUCCGAGACAGGACAACACCAGAACAGGCCCUCAUUUACAGGCUGAGUGGCGAUUACAACCCUCUGCACAUUGACCCGGAACUUGGCAAAACGAUGGGCUUUGGUGGUGUGAUUUUGCAUGGGCUGUCAAGUUAUGGGUUCGCUGCAAGAGGUUUGAUUCAGGCAAUAGCUAAAGGGAAUACUCGCGCCCUGACCGUCUUUGGCGUGAGGUUCACGUCGCCUGUCAAGCCUGGCGAUGAACUCGAGACGUCAGCAUGGGAAGUUGGUCCUGGUCCAAACGGCACCUCGGAAAUUGCAUUUAUGACGAAGAACUUGACAUCCGGCAAAGUUGCACUGGGCAAUGGUGUUGCUUUUAUCAAAAAGGCAGAAAAGAGCAAAUUGUAGUUGACAGUCAUUCUUUGUUAUGUUGGGGGUAUAUAUUGACCCAGAACCUUGGUUUGUGUAACUUCUUAUAUGUGUAACUUCACGACCACAUUUGCAACAUCGUCGUCACCAUGCUGUCUCGUCGUCGUGUUCCAUUCCACAGUGACUCAACGACCUAGAGAGAGCCCUUAUCAAGCUUCGUCCUCAACACCCUUCCCCGAUCUAAUAUUGCAUCAGCUUCGAGAUAACAACCCUUCAGCCACCGAUUCGUCUCGGCAUCUGCACCCGCACUCGAGUCAUCGUCAGUGAAUGAAGUGCGUGCGUGCAAGACCCGCCGAUUGUCGAACAAGACGGCAUCGCCUUCGUGCAGGGUAUAUUCUAGGAUGUUCAGAGGGUCGUCAAGUUGAGCGGCGUACCGCCCUAGGGCGCUGUAAAAUGAGGGGGGAGUCGAAUCUAAUAGCAGAGGAGCUUGGAAAGGCGGAGAAUAAUUAAUGUGCUUUAUUUCUGGCACUCUU